AUGCUCUUCUCAACACAGAUGACGCUGCUCAAGGGCGCCGUCCUCGGUGCUUUGCUGCUCGCCAGCGCCGGGAGCGGUGUCUCUGCAGGCAAAGCAGGCACCAUGGAAGUCGUCGGCAAUUCAGGCGUCUCCGCACAAAUGAUGUUCCUCGGCACGGAAAACAAAGUCUACAUCCUCGACAAGACCGAGAACAACCCCAUCAAGGUCAACGGCCAUCCCGCGUGGGCCGUCGAGUACGACAUCAACACGAAUCGCUACCGCACCAUGGACGUGCGUUCCAACACCUUUUGUGCUGGCGGCAUGACGCUCGGGGACGGACGCUGGCUGGUUACGGGCGGCAACAAGGCGACCACCACCAACGGUGCUACGGCACAGCCGGGCAAGGGAUACGGAUCGUACAAUGGCGGCAAGUCGCUCCGCUUCCUCAGUCCGUGCGACAACGGAUCAUGUCAAUGGAACGAUCAGGCGAGCAACGCGCUCAACACCGAACGAUGGUACCCCACGGUGGAGCCGCUCCGCGAUGGAUCCAACAUUAUCCUCGGCGGUAUGCGCGAUGGCGGCUUUGUGCCCAGUCAAGGAUCGAACAACCCAACAUACGAGUUCUACCCGCCCAAGCACAACGGCGGCAGUCGACCGAUGGGCAUCCUCCAGCGCACCGUGCCCAUGUCGCUCUUCCCCAUCGCCUACCUCAUGUCGUCCGGCGAAGUCUUUGUCCAAGCCGGCAAAGAGGCGACGCUGUGGAACUACGCGAAGCAAAGCGAGCGCGGUCUGCCCAACAUUCCCGGUCCCCCCCGUGUCUACCCGGCAUCCGGUGGUUCCGCUCUCCUUCCCUUGACACCUGACAACAACUACCGCGAGACGAUUCUCAUCUGCGGUGGCAUGAGCGUGGGUAAGACGUCCAAUUGGGGCAACGAGGGUGGUGUCGGCAUGGCCAUCACGCAAAAGCCAGCGUCGACGUCGUGUGAGCAGAUCAGCCCUAUUGCGGGUGGCGGGUGGCAGGCGGUCGAUGCGCUGCCUCAAGGUCGGUCGAUGGGCCAGUUCAUUCAGCUCCCCGACGGAACGCUCUGGUUCGGCAACGGCGUCACCACGGGUGUCGCUGGCUAUACGACCAAUCCCAAUGACGUCGGUCGUCCCGUCGGUCAGUCCUACGGCGACAACCCGUCCUACCAGCCGCUCGUGUACAACCCCAAGGCGUCGAUGGGCAACCGCUGGAAGCGCGUCGGAUCGACCAACAUCGGUCGUCUCUACCAUUCCACCGCCACUCUCCUCCCGGACUCCUCGAUCCUCGUCUCAGGCUCCAACCCCAACUCGGACGUCAACAUGAACGUCAAGUGGAAGACCGAGUACCGUGUCGAACGAUGGUACCCUGAAUUCUACGAUGCCCCACGACCGUCGAACGCCGGUCUCCCCCGCUCCUUCUCGUACGGCGGUCCAGGCUUCACCAUCAACCUCCCCUCAGCGGCCCAGGCGGCCAAGGCCAAAGUCGUCCUUGUCCGAACCGGCUUCUCGACCCACGCGAUGAACAUGGGUCAGCGCAUGAUCGAGCUCAAGUCCUCGCGUCAAGGCAGUCGAUUGAGCGUCGCACAGCUUCCACCUAAUCCGAACCUCUUCGCCCCCGGCCCCGCGUUGGCAUUCGUCGUGGUGGACGGCGUGCCGAGUCAGGGGAAGAUGGUCAUGGUGGGCAACGGACAGAUUGGAACCCAGCCUGUGGGCGCAGAGACCCAGCUGCCCGCCACUAACGGCAGAAGAGACGUGGAGGAGGAGAGGGAGGUCGUGGAGGAGCGACACCUCUCGCACCACGAUGAUGCGUUGACGAGGAGCGGCGUCCACGCUCGCAGUCACAAGACGUCCAACGAACGCCUCUGA